ACUGUUCCCCUAGUUUUUGCUUUAAAUUGGACGUUUUCCUUCUUGUGAAAUAAGCAGUUCUGAAGACUGAAGGCUCAACGUUCUUCCACCUCCACCUCCAGGACCAGCUCAGGGUAAAUACGUACGUGAUUAACAGAGGCAUGUCUGCGAAGGCCGGCAAGCCCCUGGUCCAGACCGACGCGGGAGCGUACAUCGCGUGGUCCGGCGCCGACCAGCCGGAGCUCGCAACGGAGGGGCUCGGGUGUGGCCUUCUCAUGCUCCGGCCCCUCGGCUUCGCUCUGCCGCACUACGCCGACUCGAACAAGUUCGGCUACGUCCUGGGUGGCUCCGGGGUGGCCGGGGUCCUCCCGGUCGCCGCCAAGGAGAGGGUCGUCCGCCUCGAGGCCGGCGACGUCAUCGCCGUGCGCACGGGGGACGUCUCGUGGUGGUACAACGACAACGACGGCCACGCUGAUGACUUGUCCAUCUUGUUCAUAGGCGACACGGCGCGCGCCCUCAGCCCGGGAGACAUCUCAUACUUCUUCCUCGCCGGCGGCAACAGCGUCCUGAGCGGCCUCGACCCGGUCCUCCUCACCAGGGCGUGGCCUAGGGUGACGGAGGAGCAGGCGGCCACCGCGUUCCGGAGCCAGCCGGCCGUCCUCCUCACCAGGCUGAGCACGAAGCUGGCCGGCGUAUGCCCGCGCGAGGACGACAGGACAGGGCUCGUCGUGAACGCUGGUCACGUCGCCGCAGGGACCCUGAAGACGGUCACGGCGUCGGAUCUGGCCGGCCUGGGCGGCCUCGGUUUCAGCGCGGUCCUCGGGCGGCUCGAGCCCGGCGCCGCCAGGGCGCCGUGGGUGCUGCGCGAGGGCGCGGCGCAGGCGGUGUACGUGGCCCGCGGGAGCGCGCGCGUCCAGGUGUCAGCCGCAGCAGGCGGCGAGAAACUUCUGAUGGACGAGGAGGUCGCGGCGGGGAGCUUGUUCGUCGUGCCGCGGUUCGCCGUGGCGCUCGUCGCCGCCGGCGCCGAGGGAGUAGAGUGGGUGUCGCUGAUCAAGAGCGCCAGGCCCGUGGUGGAGCACCUGACCGGGGAGGGCUCGGUUUUCGGCGGCUUGACUGCUCGGGUGGUGCAGGCAUCGCUGAACGUGGCGCCGGAGCUGGUGAAGCUGCUCUGAGGCCUCUGAGCCGCGCCACGAACUGAGCGGUGGCGAACGAGUCUCAGUGCACGUGUUCCCUUAAUGUACGUCGUGUGUGUAUGUCGAAUACGUUUCUCCAACAAGAAGAUCGUCGUGCACGCUGUACGCUGGGUUGACGCGUGUCACUCGGUCUGUGGUUAUACGCUGUAUGUGCCUUUUUUCUUUCCUUGGAAUAAAAAUUACACCGUCAAUCCUAAAA